GUUUCAGUUAAUACAGAGCACGGAGAAAGAAAGCGAGGAUAGUGUAGCAAAAAAAGAUAAUAGUGGGAAAAGUUAGUUUAUACGAGUUCCACGUUCCAUGAAAACUAAAAGUGUGGUUUAAAAUAUAAAAUAAAAAACGUUAAAAAGGUUUAAGGAUAAGAAAUUGAUUCUGAAAGUAAAUUGAAAUUCAAAGAUAAAAGAUAAAUUUGAACUGUUUUCUAGUGAUUUGCUUUUUGUGGAACGGAGUGAGUGAAAAUAAUUAGUAAAAAUUAAAAGGGAUAUUAAAGGUUUGUAGUUAAAAGGAAGACUCCAAUUAAUUUUCCUACAAAAGAGAGGAAUAAAGAAAGCGACAAGAGAGCAGAUAACGUAACUAAGCCGCACCUAUCCUCCCCCCACCGCCACUUCAUAGCAUAUCAACUAAACAUGCCCCCACCAUCGUCCACCUUCUCAGCAUCAAGAUCAACCUUCAUCAUUGGCAUAACAGUAUUCUUUCUAAGUCUUGGCCAUGGUUCACACGCCGAUGAAGUUUACAAUCGAAUCUUAACGGAACCAGAGGAAAGUUCAUUGGAUGAAAUAAAAAGGUCAUGGCAAAGCUUACAAGGAUCAUGGGGUAAGAGAGCCGAUCGUGAGGAUACUGCAGGCAAUAAUGGUUACCUGUCCAAUAACUAUGACGACCCCGAGUAUCAAAUGAAUUUGUUGUUGAGUAUGGAUCCCCCAUCGAGUGUCAGUGGAGCAACCAGUUCAGGCGUCACAAUUGACUACUUAAACGCCGAACCUGCGAAUUAUCCGAAAUUAGCGAAUUUUCUCGGAAAUAGUAAUUCACUAUCGGCGCUCUCAUUAUCAACACUGUCACAAAAUCCUGAAUUGUCUUCGAAAAAUGGCCAAAAGCGGGCAUGGAAGUCAAUGAGCGGAGCUUGGGGUAAACGACUAGGAAGUGGAGACUGGAAUAAAUUUCGGGGCUCAUGGGGUAAACGUGAACCAGGCUGGAACAAUUUAAAAGGACUCUGGGGCAAACGAGCUGCUAACGCGAAUAACUGGAACAAAUUGCAGUCGGCUUGGGGAAAACGCGAUCAAAUCUAAAUAUAGUAGCAGAGUAAUUAUAAAAUUUACAGGACGACCAAUAACCAACGAAAGCGAACAGACAUAAAUGACUUCUGAUUCAAGGACUAAUCAACGGCUGAAAAUGUUUUUUUUUUAUUUGAAAAAAAAUGAACCUACGGAAUCUAACAAACUGAUAUCAUGAACAUAUUAUUUAAAAAAUGUAUUAAAAUUGAACAUUCUUAUAUAAAUACAUAUUGCAGUAUUACAUAUACAUUACGACCGUUUAAAAUGUGCAUCAAAAAAAAUAUAUCGCAUGAGUCAUUUAUUAUAGAAACAAAUAGACUUGCAUAUUAUUAUCUAAAAACAAAAUUAAACAUGCCAACAUAAGCGCGUCUUUUAGAUGUUGAGUGAUUAUUAUAAGACUCUAUAUUGCACUUUUAUUUUUAUGUAUCUACAUCUAUAUAUACCUUCUUUGCGUAAAAUAAUACUAAUAAGGAUACACUAAAGCAUUAUAUUUUAGUUGUCUUGUAUCAUAAUAUAACAAGGAGUAAAAGGAGCUAUGAAGUCAUAUAAACAUAUAAAAAAGUGUGUAAUUAAAAGGACAUUGGAAAAAAGCUAUAUGCGUAUAUAUAUCCAUAUAUUUGAAGUAAAUAUAAAUAAAACUUUAUUCUUUAACAUC